AAUGUCAAAAGCAGACAAUGACGAUCUGUUGUCUCAGGAUUUGUUUAUGAAAGAAGCAUGAAUUUAUUAUAUUUACUAUUGUUUAUACACAUAUAUUUGAGUCCACGAUUAUCAUGUUUCCGGUCUUCAGUUCAAAAUAAUAGAAAACAACCGAUCGAGAGCAACUAUAGGAAAAAUUCUGAUCGUUUUCAUGAUGACAGCUACGUGUACAGUGCAGAUUAUGCCGAUAGUGAAGCCAGUGUCUACGAGAAAAAUACGGAUUCGGAUAGUCUUCAGACCUCGCGGGCACAAAAACGUUCGAGUUCUGAGACACUCGGUGAUAUAGUAGAUCUGACUAGUUUCAGCGAUGCAGAAGUAUCUCUGGCAUUAUCUAUGCUUACGGAACGCGAACUUGAUCAUCUAGAUCAGUUGAUGAGCGAUGAUCGAAAUGACGUCGACGAGAUGAUGGCAAAACGAGAGACAAACGCUGAGAAAAAGAAACGAGAAUGCCAGGGCGAAUCAUGCAAUGAAUCUUCGGAAAACGAACAAGCUAGAUUUUCUAGAGACGUAAAUUCCGAAAACAACCAGAUCGCCUCAUUUAGAUCUUGGUUCUCAAAAAGCAAGACUACAAAAAUAACUAAAAGACCCACAAGGAAGACCGUUAGAACAACUAAAAGACCUUCGGUUCGAACUACACACCGAAAAACAGUGACCAAGCCAACCAGAAGACGAUCCACGGCCAUAACCAAUAGAGGACACACAAGACAAAUGCUUUUAAGUAACAACAACGACAUUCUGCGUUAUGGAAGCAAUGAUGGCAUUAGAGAAAUCAUAGAUAAAAAUGUGAAGAACAAGAUAGAUUUGCUAACAAAUAAAAUUAAAAAGAGAGCAGAUGAAACACAUUCAUCGGCAAAUAAGCGCUACAAUCAAGAUUUUGUCAUCCGACGAAAAAGAAAUUCCAUAUCCCCGGAAUUUGCUGGAACCCUGGAUGACUCCUUUCCGCACCCUAACCGAGAGACGGGUCCAUUUCAUGAACCACUGGGACCCCUUAUCCGCGUUAAGCGAAUUCUUUCUGGAGUAUAGCAUCUUCUGGUUGCUGCUAGUGUAUUGUAUUCUAUUUUAUAUCUGUAUUUGUGUAUGUCAAUAGACCUUUUUUAGAAAUCAAAUUGUGUUG